UUGAUUUUAUUGAAUUUGAUAAUGUAAAUGAACUUGUAAACUUAGAUGAUUCAGAAUAUCAUCCUGAUAGGGUAUUGUCAAGGAAUAAUCUUGACCACAAACACACUAACAAUAGUGGCAAAUUAUUAUUAAAUAUGUGCAAAGAAGCCAAAAUCAGAAUUUUAAAUGGCCGAACAAUUGGCGAUUUAAAUGGUCAACCAACUUGUAUAACAUACAAUGGUAGUAGUGUUGUAGAUUACACACUUAUCUCAGAAGAAUUGAUUGAUUCAAUAGGAUACUUUGUAGUUCAUGAUUUUACUUCCCUUUCUAACCAUCGCCCAAUUAGUUGUGCAAUGUUUGCUAAUUUUUUAUCAGUGCCGUGUGAUUCACACCAACUAGACUCUUUGCCGGGUAAAUUUCUUUGGACUGAUGAAGCAAUUGCUUCAUACACAGAAAAUAUACAAAGUCAAAUGUUUAAAAAUAAAUUGGCAAACUUUAUAGCCAAAAGCUUUAAUGACAGUGACUCGAUUACCGAGUCAUUUAAUUCAAUUUUACUAGACUGUGCUAAACAAUCAGCUAAAUUCAUAAAUAAAAAGCCCUUACAAAAAAUUAAAAAAUCAAACAGGAAACCAUGGUUUUCACAUUCCUGUACUGACUUAAGAAAUACAGUUAAAAGCUAUGAGAAACUAGUUAAUAAAAAUCCACUCAAUGGACAAUAUAGGAAAUUAUAUUAUACAUAUAGAUCAAAAUUCAGAAGACUUUGUAAACAUGAACAAAAAAUGUAUAAACAAAAAAUUUGUAAGGAUAUAAAUGAUAAUAUUGAAAAGAAUCCAAAAUCAUUUUGGGCAAUGUUAAAUAAGUUGGAUAAGAUGCAUGACAAUGCUGACUCCUUUCAGGACAUACCUCAUGACAAUUUUGUACAAUUCUUUAAAAAGUUAAACAAAAGUGAUGAUAACUGUAGUAGUUUCCAUAAAACCAUAAUGGAACAUUUCCAGCAAUUAAAAGAUAAUAUAGAUAAUGAUCCAUCUAAUAACAUUUUAGACGUAGAUAUCACUACAGAUGAAAUAAUUAAGUCUAUCAAAGCUCUUAAAAAUGGGAAAAGUACUGCAAUGGAUUUGGUAUCAAAUGAAAUGCUUAAAUAUGGAGGUCAGGCUAUAUUAAAUCCUCUCACAAAGCUGUUUAAUUUUAUUCUAAAUAUUGGCCAAUUCCCAUCUAAAUGGAAUGAUAGUUUCCUAGUCCUUUUACACAAAUCUGGAAGCAAAAUGGACCCUAGCAAUUAUAGGGGCAUUUCUAUCACUUCUAACUUGGGAAAACUUUUUAAUAGAGUCAUUCAUUCAAGAUUACUGAAAUUUGUUAAUAACAUAUCUCUCAUCAGUCAAUAUCAAAUAGGAUUUAAACAAAAUUGUAGAACUGCUGAUCACAUAUUUUCUUUAAAAACCAUUAUUGAUCACUAUAAAAGUAAAAAGAAGAAAGUAUUUGCUGCUUUCAUAGACCUACGUAAAGCCUUUGAUACCAUAUGGAGAGUAGGCUUAUUUUAUAAACUUUUAAAAUCAGGUUUACCUAAAAAGCUUUUUAAAAUUUUUUCUGCAAUGUAUGAAAAUACUACCACUAGAAUUAAAUUUUCAAAUGGUCUUAGUACUGCAUUCACUUCAGAGCGAGGUGUUAAACAAGGGGAUGUUUUAAGCCCCACACUUUUUAAUAUUUUUAUUGAUGAUGUUGUAAAAGAUUUAUUCAAUGGUAGCUGUGAACCAGUCAGAGUUGGUGAUUUGUCUGUAAAUUGUUUAUUAUAUGCUGAUGAUAUUGUAUUACUAUCAGAAAGCAAAACUGGUUUGCAAGCCAGUCUCAAUACUCUUAGUACAUAUUGCUCAAAUUGGAAGCUACAGGUUAAUGUUCAAAAAUCAAAGGUUUUAGUUUUUAACUCUAAUGGUAAAACAUAUCUAAAUGAGUUUUUUUAUAAUGAUAAUGUCAUACAAACUGUCUCCAAAUAUUGCUACUUGGGAAUAAUGUUAAAGUGUAAUGGCAACUUUAACUUAGCUGUAUCCUUACUAAUGGAAAAAGCUAGGAAAGCAUGUUUUAAGAUUAAAAAAACAAUUGGAUUGGAUAAUCCUUGUAAACUUUUAGAAAAAUUAUUUGAUUCAUUAGUAAGCCCCAUAUUGCUGUAUUGUAGUGAGAUUUGGGGUGUUUUUGAUAAUUCGGGAGACAAUUCCAUUUUGGAAAAAUUCCAUAUGAAAUUCAUAAAAGAAAUUCUAGGUGUUCAUUGUAAAGCAAUUAAUGCUGCUUGUAGAGCUGAACUUUGCAGGCUACCGUUAUGCUCAAAAAUAUCAUUUUCUUGUAUUAAGUUUUAUGAUCAUAUUUUAAGGUCUGAAAACGCACUUAUAUCCAAAGUUUUUCUGGCAACUGAAAAAAAUAACCCCUGGACAAAGAAACUUUAUUCUAUUUUUAACAAUCUAGGAUUUUCAAACCUAGCUGGGGGAAACUUUUCUAUUAAACAAUAUCUACCAAGUAUUAAACAACGAGUGAUUGAUCAGUGCACACAGGAUCAAUCAUCAAAAAUUCAUGAUUCAUCAAAACUAAAAUUUUACCAACAAUUUCAUAAUUCAAAGCAGCGUAGUUCUUAUGUUGAUGUUCUAAGUAAUAGAUUAGAAAGGUCAUCUCUGUGUAAAAUUAGAUUGAGUGCACACAAUCUUGCUAUUGAAAAGGGGCGAUAUCUAGGUUUAGCCACCGACGAACGAGUUUGUAAUGUAUGUAAAUCAGGUGAGGUAGAAGAUGAAAAUCACUUUUUACUGAAAUGUGAAUUUUUCUCAAACUAUAGAUUUAACUUUAAAAAUAAGAUAUUAAAUAUACUUCCUACAUGUUGUAGUGAAAAUCAGCUAAAUAUUAAUAGUUGUAUUAAUAGUAAUUCUUUAAAAGUCCUGAAAGUGACUAGUUCUUAUAUACAUAAAUGUCUGAUGUAUAGAAACGAGAUUUUAGCUUCUUAUUUAUAA